GUCUGGGUACUUUUUCCACUUUCAAGUCAAAGACUAAUUAGAAGGGCAACCCUAGAGGCAGUAGUAAAUCGGUCGGCGUCAUCGAUUUCCGGCAGCCGGUGGAGAUGAAGGUGGUGGCUCUAGUGAGUGGCGGCAAAGAUAGCUGCUAUGCCAUGAUGAAAUGCCUCGCAUAUGGUCAUGAGAUUGUUGCGUUGGCAAACUUACUGCCGUCUGAUGAUGCGGAGGACGAGCUCGAUAGCUACAUGUAUCAAACUGUUGGGCACCAGAUAGUCGUUAGCUAUGCAAAAUGCAUGGGUCUUCCAUUAUUUAGAAGGCGAAUACAAGGAUCCACAAGGCACCAUGGCCUCACCUACAGUACCACACCUGGGGAUGAGGUUGAGGAUAUGUUCAUCUUGUUAAAUGAAGUGAAACAACAGAUACCCUCUGUUGCUGCUGUGUCUUCUGGUGCAAUUGCAUCUGAUUAUCAAAGACUGCGGGUCGAAAGUGUGUGUUCAAGGUUAGGACUUGUUUCUUUGGCAUAUUUAUGGAAGCAAGACCAGUCAUUACUCCUUGGAGACAUGAUUAAAGCUGGAAUUGUUGCCAUCACAGUAAAGGUUGCAGCCAUGGGUUUGGAUCCUUCAAAACACUUGGGGAAAGAAAUAUCAUGGUUGGAACCACAUCUUCAUAAGCUGAAAGAGCUAUAUGGACUUAAUGUUUGUGGUGAAGGAGGAGAAUAUGAAACAUUAACUCUUGAUUGUCCCCUCUUUAAAUUUGAUGCAAUGAACUUUUUUCAGAAUGCCCACAUUGUGCUAGAUGAAUUUCAAAUUGUCUUGCAUUCAAAAGAUCCCAUAUGUCCCGUUGGCAUCCUUCAUCCUUUGGCAUUCCACUUGGAGAAAAGAGCAGAAACUGUGCCCUUGGGCAAAAGUAACAAAAACGAUGAUGAAUUUGAUUUGGUAUGUGAAGUCCAAGGAGAUUGUCAACAAAGAUGUGAAAACAUUAGUAUGUCUAAUCAUCCUGCCAGCAAAUUUGUAGAUGUUAAUAGUCAGGAACUCCAGAUUUCAAGAACCAAAAUGGAUAAUACUUUUUCUAUCUCAUGCUGGUUGCAAGAUUCAUCUAAAACUUCAGGAGAUCUGCAGGCAGAUUUGGAGUAUGUUCUCAUGAAAAUCGAAUUGCAACUUGCUGAAUGUUGUUACUCCUGGGAGAAUGUACUUUAUAUUCAUCUUUACAUUGCUGAUAUGAAUAAAUUUGCAGUUGCAAAUGAAACAUACAUCAGAUUCAUUACUCAAGAUAAGUGUCGUUUUGGUGUACCAUCACGCUCCACAGUUGAGCUUCCUCUAUCACAAGUUGGUUUAGGGAUGGCAUAUAUUGAAGUGUUGGUUGCCAAUGAUGAAACUAAAAGAGUUUUGCACGUGCAGAGUAUAUCUGACUGGGCUCCUAGUUGCAUUGGUCCUUAUAGUCAGGCAACGCUGCACAAGGAUAUUCUCUACAUGGCAGGUCAAUUGGGUCUUGACCCACCAACGAUGCUGCUUUCUAGUGGAGGUCCUACAGUUGAGCUCAAGCAAGCAUUGGAAAAUAGUGAAGCAAUAGCAAAAUGCUUUAACUGUUCAAUAGCUACAUCCGCUAUUCUAUUUGUCAUAUACUGCUCAGCUUCAAUGAAUGAAUCUGACCGAAUUGCCCUUGAGAAGACAAACUUAUUUAUUAAGGAAAUGAAGUUAAAUGAUUCUGACAAUCGAUGCUCAUCUGACGUGUUUGAUCCUAUUUUUUUAUAUGUUCUGGUUCCAGAUCUGCCAAAAAGGGCUCUUGUAGAAGUAAAGCCUGUGCUUUAUGUGCUGGGCAAUAAAGGAACUCUUAAUAACAAGGCUGGUGAAGUUAGUUAUGUGGCACAAGAUUAUUGUGGUUUCCAGCAUGAAAACUGGCAUGAUGAAUGCCUGCAGAAAUGUGUUGUGCCUGGGAGACUUUGUGCUGCCGUCUUAUCCGUGACACAAGAUAUUGUGGGAAAGAUCUGUUCCAAGUUCCUUCUUCAAGAUAGUGCAGGCUGUAAUACCCUUAUUGAGAACCAGAUUGAGGGAAUAGCAAAAUUUUGUGUUUAUCUUCUGGAUGCGUUUCUAUUAGAGAACCGUUUCUCUUGGGAUGAUGUCACGACUUUCAGGCUCUAUUUUGCAACAAGGCUUCACAUCUCUCAUGCAGAAUUGUUAUUAAUUUUUACCAGGGUAUUCAAUGAAUUCGCUGAGCAAAACCCAAAAAGAAGGACCACCACUGACCCCAUAUUCAACCUUGUUCCAGUCUUGGGUGCUGGGCGGUCUGCAAAUUCCGUGGAUGGUGGUUUACUCAGUUGUGAAGUUUUUGCUAGAAAAUUGUAGCUUUAAUUGUAUAGGGGACGGAUUCGGUAGUUUUUUCAAUCCGCAAUGGGGGAAAUGCGGUGUUGUAAAUUUAUUAUAGAAUCUUUUUACACUAUUUUUAUGUAUAAAUCAUUUCGAAGUACCCGGGCGGCUUGUGGAGAAAUUGUUAGUAUUUUGUUUAUUCU